AUGCCGAGUGAUUUAGAUAUAGAGUUUAAUGAAGAAUGCAUUAUUGAACAUAAUCGUCUAAGAGCUUUACAUGGAUGUCCAGAAUUAAUCCUUGAUUAUGAAUUAGCUAAGGAUGCACAAAAAUAUGCAGAACAUUUAGCAAGUGUUAAUGAACUUGAACAUUGUACAGAUACUGAUUCAGGGGAGAAUUUAGCUUUUUUUACAACUAAUACAAUUGCUCAGAAAAAAGAUUUUACAGGCGUAGAUGCUACGAAAACAUGGUAUCAAGAAAUAGAGGAUUACGAUUUCAAAAAGGAAAAUCAAUUCCCUUGUGGACAUUUUACACAGAUAGUAUGGAAGUCGACUACAACAGCUGGAUUUGGUAGAGCUUGGUCAAAAGAUCGUCAUAGUAUUUAUGUCGUUGGCAGAUAUGAUCCACCUGGAAAUUUUUCGGACGAAUUUCUUGAAAAUGUCCCACCUUUAAUUAGUAAGUAGAAACUAUCUUGAUUUAAACAAAAUAACUGACGUAUACGAAUAAAAAACGGUAUGA